AUGCCAAUUGUGGCAGACAAGGCCUUACUGGCAUGUGCAAGCGGAUCAGAGUCGGCUCGGUUGGACAGUCUGCCCGGCCGCCAGACAACCAGACAGCUGGACAUCCAGCCUCAGGGUUGGCAAGUGGGGCGCUCAAGCGGCGGCGGAGGACAGCCGACUACCGUCAACUAUAUGGCAACCCAUAAAUCACACUGCCUUCCCCUUGAUUCUUCCACUAGUGGGGCAUCACUCAUCCAUCAUUGA